AGGAAGAAGGAAACAAGCGACAUAACCUGACAUUUUUAUUUCAAUGCAACAUGCAACAUUUAAACGGACUUCUUUAGAUUAGAUUUCCUUAAAUAGGUGCGCUGCUUUGGAAACACCUGCUUAUUGAAGCACUCGGACCCUCAGCCACAGGUGCGUUACAACCAUGGCGUCCCUGCUUCUUCCUGUUCUGUUCUUCCUGCUCAUGAGUGUUUGUCCAGCCCUCACCCACAAGCCUCAGUGGCCUUUGCAGCGUGUCCCUGUGGUCCUUCCCCAACAAACUGAGACAAGGCCGACCCCUGAUUUUCUCGGGCCAGCUCAACUAGAGGUGACCUCUUCCUGCAGUCCUGAGUGUCACAAGCAGGCCCCAACGCCCAACUACUGGGAUCUACGCAGCUUCCUGUCUUACGAGACCCUCUACUCAAAUGGCCAGCUGACCGAGACACUGGUAGGAAUCUAUGGCUUUAAUCCAGCCACACUGCAGAAGAGCCCCGCAGUGCAAGGCCGCUCCAGAGCCAAACGGCAGAUCUUUGGCCACGACGGACGUUUUAGCAUCAUAGGCCGGGACUUCUUGUUGAGCUACCCGUUCUCAGCGGCUGUCAAGCUGUCAACCGGUUGCUCAGGCACACUAGUGGGUGACCGGCAUGUUCUCACAGCGGCACACUGCAUCCAUGAUGGGAAGAACUAUGUCAAAGGUGCGCAGAGGCUAAGAGUGGGCUUCCUAAAGCCGCAUCAGAAAGAUCCAGUUAACAACAGCACAAGCAACAAAAUGAAGUUCCAGUGGAUCAGAGUCAAGCGCACUCACGUGCCCAAGGGUUGGAUAAAGGGCAACGCAAAUGACAUUGGCAUGGACUAUGAUUAUGCCCUCUUGGAGCUCAAAAAGGCUCAUAAGCGGAAGCACAUGAAGAUAGGAGUGAGUCCUCCUGCCAAGCAGCUGCCUGGGCAGCGAGUUCAAUUCUCUGGCUUUGACAAUGAUCGACAGGGCCAGCUGGUGUACCGCUUUUGCAAGUCUGGGGAUGAAACCUAUGACCUACUGUAUCAGCACUGUGAUGCACAGCCCGGCGCUAGUGGCUCCGGGGUCUAUGCGCGGAUGUGGGACCGCAGGCACCGACGCUGGGAGCGGAAAGUGAUUGGAGUCUUUUCAGGACACCAGUGGGUGGACCUCAAUAACGCCCCCCAGGAGUUUAACGUGGCAGUGCGCAUCACCCCUUUAAAAUAUGCUCAGAUCUGCUACUGGAUCAAGGAGAACUAUAUGGACUGCAGAGAAGGCUAAAGCUUUGGGAUUAUUUAUGCUGAGCAUUCUAUGAACACACUGGCAUGUUAGCACUGAAACCAUUUUACCUAUACUGUACAUAUUCAGAGUCAUCUAUAUAACUCAACUUAACCAAUUAAAUUGCUGUUUUUAACUUGUCAACCCAUGUAAGGGUUUAUCUGUGUUAAUGUCAGUGAAUUUUGAGGAGACGCUACCGUCAUCGUUCCCGUAAGAAAACAGGACCCCAGAAACAAGCAGCUUAGAGUGCCCCCUUGUGCCAAUUGGUUCAAUAAGGAAUGCCAUCUUGGUUUGUUUUAAGUCUUCUGUUCACAGAGACAGUUAACAUUUACACUAAAUGACAGUGGCCAAAAGUCCAGAUGAAUGUUUCAACACCACCAGUUGCCAAUAAGUGUACAAAAUCAAUAUUCUUCUAUAAAAUAAAGUAAAUGCCUACGUCUCUGUGGAAAAAGUUACAGUAUAAUUGUUGAUAAGAAGUUACUGUUACAGUAUGAUUGUGCCCCUGUGCACAAAGCAAAGUCAAUAAAGACAUAGUAAGACUUUCGAGUUUUAGUAGCCAGCAUGGAGACCUGAGCUCAGUCCCAUUGAUUUAUUUAUUUAUUUAUUAGGAUUUUAACGUCAUGUUUUACACUUUUGGUUACAUUCCUGACAGGAACGGUAGUUACUCAUUACACAAGAUUCACCAGUUCACAAGGUUACAUCAAACAGUCAUGGACAAUUUAGUGUCUCCAAUUCACCUCACUUGCACGUCUUUGGACUGUGGGAGGAAACCAGAGCACCCGGAGGAAACCCACAUGGCCACGGGGAGAACAUGCAAACUCCACACAGAAAGGACCCGGGCCGCCCCACCUGGGGAUCGAACCCAGGACCUUCUUGCUGUGAGGCGACCGUGCUGCCCCCAGCCCCAUUGAACACCUGUAGGAUGAAUUAGAACGCCCAUCACAAGCUAGGACUUCUUGUCUAUAUUACUAUAGUACCUGACCACAAACAUGCUCUUUUGACUUAAUGAGGACAAUUUCCUACAAAAACUCUCCACAAUCCCUUGCCCAUGCCUUGGUUUUGAAAAACGAAGUCUAACAAGCUAAUGUUGAGGUGCCCACAUACUUUAUUUACUGUUAUUUACUGUCCUAAAAAGUAGGGAGAACAUUCACAAAUAGAACAACACUUUCCUUUCAGCCAGCAACGUUUUGGUAAACCACUGUGCAUCGAUGUGCAUCGAAGCUUUUAUAAACACCGUCUGACAUUAGCGGAGUUGUUCUUAAUGCAUGUGGAUUCCUGUAUAAAGCACUGACGCUCUGUAAACACUAAGCUCUCGUGAAUGUUUUUCUUUUCUUCUCUUUUUGUGAAUAAUGUAGUGCAGAUAACCAAAGUUCAACCACAGAUAGGUCUAUAACUACUGUAUGGAGUGUGUCAUGUUAGCACUGAAGCCAUUUUACACACACUGUACAUAUUCAGAGUCGUUAUAUAACUCCAGUUAACCAAAUAAACUAAAUAUUUGUUUUACUUUUGUGUUAUUUCUGUCUAAAGAUUUAUCUGUAAAGCUAAUGUCAGGGGCUUUUAGGGAAGUUAAAUGUGUUAGCCGAACUUUAGUGCAAUGUCGUGUGAUGGCGUUUUGUAUUCCUUUAGCGCCACCUAGUGGCCAGAUACCAAAGCACCAGAACACUUCAGUUUUGAGAUACAGCAGAUCCUACACGACUUUAAAGUAAAUAUAUUAUUAUAUACACCGAUCAGCCAUAACAUUAAAACCACAUGACAUGGUGGUGGUGGUGUGUUGUGCCGUUAUGAGUAGAUAAGACACAGCAGCGCUGCUGGAGUUUUUAAACACCUCACUGUCACUGCUGGACUGAGAAUAGUCCACCAACCAAAAAUAUCCAGCCAACAGCGCCCCGUGAGCAGCGUCCUGUGACCACUGAUGACGGUCUAGAAGAUGACCGACUCAAACAGCAGCAAUAGAUGAGCGAUCGUCUCUGACUUUACAUCUACAAGGUGGACCAACUAGGUAGGAGUGUCUAAGUGAGUGGACAGUAUUUAAAAACUCCAGCAGCGCUGCUGUGUCUGAUCCACUCAUACCAGUACAACACACACUAACACACCACCACCAUGUCAGUGUCACUGCAGUGCUGAGAAUGAUUCACCACCUAAAUAAUACCUGCUCUGUGGGGGUCCUGACCAUUGAAGAACAGGGUGAAAGCAGGUUAAAAAGGUAUGUAGAGAAACAGAUGGCCUACAGUCAGUAAUUGUAGAACUACAAAGUGCUUCUAUAUGGCAAGUGGAGCUAAUAACAUGGACAGUGAGUGUAGAAACAAGGAGGUGGUUUUAAUGUUAUGGCUGAUCAGUGUAGAAUAUAUAAACUCGACUAAUUAAAAUUUCAUACGAAUGUCAGCACCCAAAGCACUUUGAAUUUUCGUUGCAUUUACUCUGUUACAGCACUAUGUUGUUUUGGUAAUUCACAUCUCUGUAAUUGACCCUGUAUUAU